CUGGGGCCGAGCCCUGCGGUUGCAAGGGGCUUUCUGAAGCUGGCCGGGCUUGCCGGCUGGUGGUCGGCUCUGGCCCUGCGGGUGCGUGGCUGCUGGCACACGCGUGGGCGCACUGGCGCCUGUUCCCUUGUCACAGCACGUGCGCCUGAGAGACGCGAGGAGGAGAUUCAUCCCCCCCCCCGCCACCUUUCCAUCUCUCUCUCUCUCCUUGCUCCCCGCUCCUUCCUUCCCUCCCUCCCUUCACAGCCCGCCCGCGGGCGGGGGCAGGUGGCGACGACGACGGCAAGGAUGCUGCCAAGGACCGGAGCGGCGGCUCAAGAGCGCGACAGCAGCCGCCGCCGCCGCCGAGGCUCCCGAGCAGCAGGAGCGACGCCUGGCCGUGUCUGAGGCUCCCUCUGGCCCGGCUGCGCGGCUCCCGCCCGGGCGAUGCUCUCCUGCGCCCCGGAGGCCCCAGCAGCAGCGUGCCGAGAUGGGCAACUCCCCGCCGGUGAUGCUGGGCAAGGCGCCCCGCAGCAAACGGGCUCCGCGCACCGCUGCCGUCUCUCCGUCCUGCGCCACCGCCGCCUCUGCCUCUUCCCACGCGCAGCCGGCAACAGCCACCUCUAAUUUAGACUUGGAUACUAAGAAGCCUGCCCCACCCAAACUGCUAUGGCAUCAGCCGGUGAACAUCUUCUUGGCCAGGCCUGUCGGCGUAGAGGAGUUGCACCAUGAAGCUGAACUCAAUCUCCAGAGUUUGCUCCAAGAGGAGUAUGAGGAACCAUAUGCAGAUGCCAGGGUCAGUGGCCAGACCUUCCGCUACACCAGCCCCCUCUCUGCGGACAGACCCCUCGACUGCAGCCCCCGGGCCCCACCUGCCAAGCGUCUGGAGUUUGUGCUCAUGCCUGCAAGCCAGCAAGUGAAGGAAAAUGAGAUGAACACGUUGGGGGUGAGAGCCCCUGAGCCAUCCAUCAGCCUGCCAGCAACCCCGGAUAAGCACACCAGCUGGACUAAAGCUGCUCCCUUGACCCCCAUGGAGGAGAAGAAAUUGCACCAGCCCUGUUCAACCCAAGCAAACAUUGUCCCCAUCAACGUCUCUGGGCAGCCGUUUUCUAGGCACGCCAGUAGCCGCCACUCUCUCUUUAAUACGGAGACCACCAUGAAUCCCAAGUCCCUGCUGCGACGGAGACGGACGGUCAUCGGCUUCCCCCACCUCACCCUGCGAGACCCAGGCAACAGCAACGGCCCCAUCCUCAAUCCUCCGGCAACCACCGCAGAAUCAGUUUCUUGCCAUUUUGUCCCUGAUGUGGCCAAUGGGAGGAAUCUGACCCACCAGACGCGGUCACCGCAGCCUCGGCCACAGCUGCGAAAGACCUUCAGUGACCUCGGUGGGGCACUACAGGGACGAGGCUACCAUGGGCCAGUUGGGCGUACCGAGAACCCCGGGGUGAUGUAUGUCAGUCCGUCAUGCAACGGCCCGAAGGACAACUCUGUCUUCAUGCCCACUUGGGGCCCAGCAUCUUUUGGCUACGUGAGCCCUUCACUGAGCCAAAGCGAGCUGGCAGAGGAGACUGCCACCCCCUCAUCUCCCGGUGGCCCUGAGAGAACCCCAGACUCUGACCGUCCUGCCUCCUUCUUCAUUGGCAAAGACAAUGCGGUGGGGAACCACGGGUCUGGCUCAUUCUGUGCUUCUCCUGAGUCCCUGGGGGAUGCCGAAGGAGGCACAAGGUGUGGGUCACGAGAAGCCAAGGUGCUUUUGACCCCUCUCAGCCCAGGUGAAGAGGGGUGCCCUCCGCUGGAGAGGGAGAGAAUCAUCUGCAAGUUCCGGGAGAGGUCGCUCUCCGUCCCCACGGACACGGCCUCCCUGUGCUCUGUGGAUAUCGGGGGCAGCGAAACCUGUGGCCUGAGCUAUCCCAGCGCCAGCUCAGAGGGCAGCACGAGCACGGACAACGUGUCCCUGGCAGUGGACCAGGAGGUGCAGGUGCAGCAGCGGAGGCAGCGCAUCAAGAGCAUCUCUCUGAAGAAGGCCAAGAAGAAGCCCUGCCCGCCCGCCCGGAGCGUCUCCUUGAUCAAGGAGGGGCCAGGGGUCACAGCAGAGCCUGGCAGCAAGGCCCUGCCCCAGGAGCAGAGGCCGAGAAGUCUGUGUCUGUUGUCAGAGGCACAGGGCCAAGGCAAUACAGCCAGGGACCUAGAGAGCAUGCCAUACGCCCAGCAAUGGUACUUGCCUGAGUGGAGUUCUGGGGACCCAUAUUGCUCCUUAUCUGGCUCCAGUUCAGCUACCGGGGCCACUGUGAUGGAGCUCUCCAAGGCCCGUGGUAGCUCUGAGUCUCUGCCCUCCCCCUCCAUCUCCCGGGCCACCACACCCUCUCACCUCUCCGCCGAGGUGAACUUGAAAACCUCUUCCCCGAGAAGGCCGGCAGGGGUGAUGUCUCCCUCUAGUGGCUACUCCAGCCAGUCCGAAACACUGACCCCGACCAUCCCAACGUCCAUGGUCCUUGGGCAUAUCCCCCACUCUGGAGGGCGGGCAAGGCCCCUCGUGCCCGAGAGGAAGUCCUCGCUGCCCCCAGUCUCUCCCUUAGAGCGCAGCCCCAAGUCGCGACUGUCCUUUGACCUGCCCUUUGCCCCGCCAACCCACCUGGACCUCUCGGGGUUGAAGAUCUCACUCAAGGGCAAGCCCAAGGUGAGCCGUCACCACUCAGACUCUACCUUUGGGGCCAAGCUGGGCCCUAAGCUCAGCCCGGUGCAACCGGCCAUGCCCAUGGUGACGCAGCUGGACCUGCGCUCUGUCCGCCUGCGCUCCAUCAGCCGCUCUGAAACAGAGGAUAAUCUGGACAGCCCGGAGCCCGCUGAAGAACUUGGCAAGAAGAUCCGCCCAGCAGUGGCAGAGAAGCCUCCACUUUGCCGGAGGCCUCCCAUGCUCUUACACAAGACACCACCAGUUCAGGAGGAGUCUCCCACAGGCUCCCCCACCUCUCCACUGACACCCCAGGGAUUGGGCCCCAUGGAGAACAGUUAUAUGCUGACCAGGAGGCCUGAGCACCAGUGGGACAUAGAGGUCUGGAGCCCACCCGAGUCGUCCUCUCCCGUGGCAAUGAUCUCUCCCUCCCAGGGCCCUCCAGGGACCUUUUUUCCUGCCACACAGCCGCUCUCUGAGGACAGCUUGGAGGAGGAUGAGCAGCUGAAGGCAAAGCUGCCCAGAGAGAAAACACCUGGAGGUGAUAACCGCAAAACCAAAGUCCCGCCCCCUGUUCCCAAAAAGCCCAGCGUGCUUUACCUGCCACUGGUCACCUCCCCACACCAUCCCGGGUCCUGCCUUGGAGAUCCCAGGUUGCCCAUCAGCCCCGUCAUCAUGCUGGAUGAAGACUCUGCCUACUCCGAGCUGGCAGUCUGCAAGCUGCCAUCUCCUGUGGUCAACGAGGCAGGCAGCCCAUCCACCGGAGGCAUAUCGUGGGGAGACAUUUCAGGUAAUUUUAUGGACUUGAGGGCUGAGGAGAAAAGCUUUGUCAGUGACAAAACAGCUGAGUCCAUCACUGAAGAGGAGGAUGACGUGUUUGUGACCUCCCGGACAACAGAGGACUUAUUUACAGUCAUUCACAGGUGGCACAGUGCCCGGAACAGAGGAGGAGAGCUGGGCUUGUGGUAGCAAGCAUGAAUUGUCCCCUUUGCUAAGAAGGGUCUGCCUUGGUUUACCUUUGGAUGGGUGACUGCAUGUGAGUGCUGUAAGUUAUUCCCCUCAGGGGAACAGCCACAACUCAGUGGAAGAGCAUCUGCAUGCUUGCAUGUUAAAGUAGGGCUGAGAGAGACUCCUGCGUGAAAUCUUGGAGAAGCCACUGCCAGUCUGUGUACUGAGCUAGAUGGACCAGUGGUCUGACUCAGUCUAUGGCAGCGUCCUAUGUCUUUAUCUCACCCAAUUGCCAAGUCAACCUUCUCUUCUCCUUUGGAUCCUUGGUAGCAGAACCCUUCCGAGUGCCAUGUGGGCUCAUAGACCUAAGGGUUGAUGCUGGAGCAGGGCUCCAGUACUUGAGUGUACUUGGGUACACCAGCUGUUGGACUACAACUCCCAGCAUCCCUGACUGUUGGCUACUGUGCCUUGGGAUGAUGGGAGUAGUAGUUCAGCAACUGGAGAACCCAAGUUGUGCCACCCUGCUGUAGUCUAAAUUAAUUGGCGGAGGGCAGGGAAUCCUCCUAGCUUGAAUUUCCAUGGAAACACUUCCCUUUAUUUACUCCUUAUCUCUCUUUCCCCUGACACCCUAAACCAGACCUGCAUAAUUUUGGCCUUCCAGGUGCUUUUGAACUACAACUCCCAUCACUUCUAUUGGCCAGUGGCUGAGGUUGAUGGGAAUUGUAGUCCAACAGCUGGACAGCCGAAGUUGUGCAGCCCUGCCUAAGGAUAGAUGUUGUUGGAUUCCGAUGGCUGAGGAGAGGCGGAAACAAGUUGUAAAGAUGUAAAAGUAUUGAAUUGGUGCGUUAAUACUGGGAGAGGUCCUGUUGGAAGCUCUGGAGAGCUGCUGCCAACUUGAAUGGACAAUGCUGAGUUAGAUGGACCAAGAGUUUGACUCAGUAUAUGGCAGCUUCAUAUCUAAAUGUAUGUAAAACCUCAGGUAGCCUCGAGUGAUUUCUUGAUCCAUUGGAUGAUCCCUUGAUAGGGUAAGGGAUUUUGCAAAAGUUCUGGCAGGAUUUGCCACUCACCCACCCCAGUUUUGGCCUGUUGAUCCUUACCCAGUCAACCCUUUUAUUUUGCUGCCCCAACCACAAAUCCAGCAGCAGUUCCAAGGGAACUGAAAUACUGGUAAUUGCUGCAGAGGUCUGAAUGAGCCCAUUUUCAGGCCUACAAAAUGAAUGUUGAGAGAUCUCCUUUCUUCAGGCAUGUAAAAAACAAACUGUUGACCAGUCCGAAUGUACUUUGUGGUCCUCUUUCUUGUAGCCAAGUCAUCUCUGAAGGCAGCACCACUGGGAGGUGGUGUGGGGUGUCUCAUUCCUGAACAAAUAUAUUAUAGAUGAGAUAUAUUUCCCCCACAAAGGGUUUUAUAAAGAAGCACUUUCUUAAGAGGAUUCAUCCCAUGAAUGUAUUUGGCCACACACAGAAACCCAAGAUGCAAAGAGAAGUGAGUCACAAUCUGGGGUGCAUUUAUACAGCUCAAUUCCAAGACAUGUCAGAGAGAAAUGGUUGCCUGUAUGUGUGGCCAAGAAGAAAUAAAAAUGCCAUUAACCUUGUAUAGUGUUGCAUAGAACUGCUCAGGAAAAAAUAACAAAAAUGUAAGGAGGUGAAAUUGAGAUAUUUGCUGUGGCUAAAUGUUUCUUUGGUUGUGUUUAUGAUUUUUGUUCAGACUGCCAAAACCGGCUAGCAAAAGAGCCAUACACUGGUUUCUGUGAAAAGCUACCUCAGAAACCUCAUUUGGUUUUCUUGCUAACCGAAACCACAUUGAAAUAGAAAACAAUCCUUGACCCUGACACCAUGUCCUUAAAAACCAAAAUCCUCAUUUUUGCUAGUGAAUAUGUGUGCUCUUUUGGUUUCUUUCCCACAAUCACCUAAGUCAGGGGUUCCCCAGAUGUUGACCUAAAACCCCCCAUCUUCCACAACAACUGGAACUGGAAGGGAUCAAAUGGGAUGAUGGAAGUUGUAGUCCAACAACAUCUGGGGACCCAAGCUUGACAACCCCUGACUUAGGAAAUAAUUUUCUUUUUAUUUUAAGCCUGCAUCUCUUUGGAAUCUAUUUUCCUUGCUCUACACCUAAGUGGAUUUUGACAACCUUUUCUCCUGGGGUGAUUCUGUACAGUCAAGAUAACCUAAGUCCUACCUAUACAUAAUCUAGCUAUCUCUAUAUUUGUAUUAGUCAGAUUGCUCGUGAGCCUGUCACAAAGAAGACUGAAGUAUUUUUGACUCUUUUGUGUGUGUAAUGCCAAUCUGAUUUGGGGGUGUGCGUCACCCUCUCUUGAACCGGCACUCCACUUCUUGCCACUGUACAGUUAUUUGGAGAUGCAUAGAGACCUUUUUAUAUUUCUGAAUGUUGUACUUUUUAACUCUUGCAAGCUUGGUAAUACACUAUCUCAAUGUCUUUAAGAAAACUGGCUGUAAGUGUGGUGCACUCUCUUGGCAACCAACUGGUUGCAAGAUGGGGCCGGAAGCCCCAUGGGGUACAUUGCAUGCUGGGAGACAAGUGGCCAGGAGUUGGGCUGGGAGAAGAAAGCCAGAUGGGGUGUGUCUCCGCUGGGACCCUUUAGCGGGCCUCUCACACGCUUCUCCUGUAAUCUGUUGCAAUUGAAGUUUGUUCCUGCUAACGCGAGGGCUGACACCCCAUUAAAGAAAUCCUAGUUGAUUAAUUGUA